CUCACUUCCACCACCUGCACACCGACACAACCCUCUUCUCGUUACCCGAAAACGUCGUACCUAUCCCUCCGCGAGUGACGCCAUUGUGAAUGAACAUGGAGGAGAGGAAGGAAGAGCCGAAGAAGAAGGAAGCGGCGCAAGGGAGGGAGGCGGAGGUGGUGGAAGAAACAUUACAAGGCAACAAGAAGAUGAGGCGAGGCGCCUGCGGCUGGCUGCGGGAGCGCAAGGUGAGGGAUCUCGUCCGCGACAAGCGCCGCCUCGUCGAGGUCCCCUACACCGCCACCCUCGCUCAUACCGUCAACGCCCUCGUCGCCAACCGCGUCUCCGCGGUGCCGGUCGCCGCCCCGCCCGGCCAGUGGAUCGGCGCCGGCGGGUCCAUGAUCCUGGAGUCCGACCGGGCCACCGGCGCCGUCCGAAAGCACUACAUCGGCAUGGUCACCAUGCUCGACUUGCUCGCCCACAUCGCCGAGGAGGGCGACCAGAAUCACGGCGCUGGCGACGAGUCGUCCGCCGGCCCGGAGAGGGAUCUCGAGAGGCGAAUGUCGGUCCCGGUCUCCUCGAUCAUCGGGCACUCGCUCGAGGGGCUAAGCUUGUGGACUUUGAACCCCGCCACCAGCAUACUAGAUUGCAUGGAAACAUUCAGCAAGGGGGUCCAUCGAGCUUUGAUUCCUCUUGAAAGCCAAACCAAUCAUGCAAUUGCAGUGGAGCUGGCGGAGGCAUCACCUGGCUACAGAAUGCUCACACAAAUGGACGUUAUAAGUUUCCUAAGGGAGCAAAACCAAGAACUGAAGGGUGUCUUAUCACACAGUGUCCUGGAGCUUGGAGCAAUCAGUGAAGUUAUCUUUUCUGUAAGCAAGCAUACAAAAGUGAUGGACACCAUCAGAUCCAUGAGAGCGGCCGGCUUAGGUGCUGUUCCUGUUGUCGAAGCUCCCUCAGAUGAUCAAAUCCUACAAGAUGGAAAAGGAAAGAGGCUGAUAGAGACAUUCUCAGCAACAGAUUUGAGGGGUUGCCCCGUCGUUCUACUGCAGUCAUGGCUGUCGUUGAGCGUCACGGAAUUCAAAGAAAGGCUAUCGAUGAGGGGCAGCAACGCAAGCAUCGCACCACCCAUGGCUGGAGAUGAUCCCAGCCCUGAAACAAGAAGACUCAUCACAUGCUCCCCGGAGACGAGCCUGUCGGAUGUCAUCGAGUCGGCGGUGUCGAACCAUGUUCACAGACUGUGGGUCGUCGACGGUGAGGGGCUACUCCAGGGGGUCGUCUCCCUCACCGACAUGGUGCGGGUGGUGAGGGACGCCGUUCUGCGAGCUGAACAGGAGCUGGAAGGCGUCGUUCAGCAUGGCUAACUCGAUCUCAAAGAUUGUUUCUUUGUGUUAGGGUGAUGAGAUUCAGAGUCAUGCAAUCCCAAGUGUGUUCAUAGAAAACUGGACAUCAGGCUGCCUUGCUGUUCAGUUUAGCCUCUCUCUCUACAUAU